ACGGCCCUGGCAGCAUAUAUGCUGAGUCGACUCUUGUCCUCAACCUCUUUCCGCGCUACCAGAUCGUUCUUCCCAGCGACGACCACAACAGCGACCAGAGCAAUCCACACGACCAGAACCAGGAUGUCGCCAUUCACCCAAGCACCGCACGAUUUGCUGGUCAUCCCAGGGCCCAUCGAGGUCACUGAUUCCGUCCUCUAUGCCAAUGCACACCCUUCGAUGUCCCAUGUCUCCAAGGACUUUAUCCCUGUCUUUGGCGAUUCGAUCCGAAUGACCAGGGAGGUCCUGUACGCUGGCAAGGAUACCCAGCCAUUUUUGAUCAGUGGAAGCGGUACCCUGGGCUGGGAUCAGGUGGCAGCCAACUUGGUCGAAGACGGAGAGGAGGCUUUGGUGUUGCACUCUGGUUACUUUGCGGACAGCUUUGCUGACUGCUUGGAGACGUACCGGGCCAAGGUCACUCAGGUUAAGGCCCCCAUCGGCCGAGCUGUGGCCCUCGCCGAGCUCGAGAAAGCCCUCAUUCAAAAGAAGAAUGAAGGCAAAUUCUACAAGAUCGUUGCCUUCACCCACGUCGACACCUCCACCGCUGUCCUUUCCGACGCCAAAGGCAUCGCUGAGACUGUCCGCCGGAUAUCCCCCGAGUCAUUGGUCGUCGCGGAUUGCGUCUGCUCCGUCGCUUCUGAGGAAAUCCGUUUCGACGACUGGGGCCUCGAUAUCGUCCUCACUGCAUCGCAAAAAGGUCUCGGCACCCCUCCCGGUUUGAGCGUUCUCGUCGCCAGUGCCCGUGCUAUUGAGGUGUUCAAAGCACGAAAAUCGCCACCUUCGUCCUACUACGCCAGCUGGAAAAAAUGGCUCCCCAUCAUGAACGCAUAUGAAUCUGGCUCUCCAGCCUAUUUCGCCACACCCCCUGUCAACCUGAUCUACGCGUACCAUGCUUCGCUAAGCAUCAUCACCGGCAAGCGCAACGCAUCUGCCGCCGGCCAGCCUGCGGAAGUUGUUGUUCCUCUUGAGGAACGUUUCGCUCUCCACAAGGCCGCCAGUCAGAGGGUCAAGGCAGCUGCAGCUGAGUUGGGCUUGAGCCAGCUCCCACAGGCCGACGGCGAGGCCGCCAACGGCAUGACCGCUCUUUAUUACCCCGAAGGUUUGGGAGCUGCCGAUGUUAUUCCUCGGCUCGCUCAGCGUGGUGUCGUUGUCGCCGGUGGCUUGCACGCCCAAAUCAAAGACAAAUACUUCCGUGUGGGUCACAUGGGUGUCACCGUUGUCGACAAAGAGCGUGGCGAUAUCGACCGCGUCGUGAAAGCCUUGAAGGAGGUCAUCACCGAAGCCAAGGCCCAGAAGAGUUGAAUUCCACGCGUGCUAUACCCUCGGUUAUAGCACACGACAUCUACAGGGCCAAGAACGUUCAGGGAGAAGGAAAAGAGUUAUGUACCAUACAAUACCUCCGCCCACCAUCUCAUAGACUGUUGUGAGCUGUAUACCAUCUGCAUUGGAAGAGGUGUACUCCGUUGGGUUCAAAAGAAGAAUCAAUAGACUUGAUGUCGUCCG